AUGAGCUUUGCACUGCCUUACGGCUCGCUGUCAGCUCGGCCGAGUCCCAGCAGACGAGCUCUGGACUGGGAACACGAGCGGCUGGCUGUGCGACGACUUUCCUCUCCGCGGGGUCUCGACCUGCUCACUCCACCUCCUCUCCCUCGUCGAACCUCUGCGAUCCCUGGCUACCUGCUGUCACCCUACCAAGAGCAGGAAGAGCAGCUCCAACAGCAGCAGCAGCGACUAUCCUUGUCUGUGGGCUCAGAGGCCUCCCUGGCGCCCCCUGCACCUCCACCUGUGGGCGCUGCCCCACCCUGCUGCCGCCCAGUGGGAGUCAUGCACCUCCUGCGCUUGGGUCUCCUGGCUUUCAGCUGCCUCUUCUGGGCAGCCGGCUUAGCCAUCCUAUCUCUUGGUGUGUGGGCACAGAUUUCACUGGCAGACUACAUGCUGCUGUCUGCUAACCGCUACCCCAACGCCCCACUCAUCCUUCUGUCCACAGGUGCUGCAGUCACCGCGUGGGGCUUCCUGGGUUGUCUGGGAGUAGCUGCAAACCUGCCCUGCGUGCUUAGGGCUUACGGGUUCUUCCAACUUGCAGCACUGAUAGCCGGUUUGGCAGCCGGACUCUCAGGUCUCUUCUAUCGUGAAGACAUUGCCGGAGGAUUUCGCAGCGGCUUACAGCGAGCGGUGGCCGGCUACACCGAGGAUGAAGGCCGUGCUGAUGCAUUAGACAGCCUGCAAAGGGCCCUGGAGUGUUGUGGAGCUGAGGGUUGGCGUGACUGGCUCACUUCGGACUGGGCUAUCCAGCAUAUGACCUUCCUGCCCACCGAGAACGGCACCUCUGUGUCGCUGCCGGACAGUUGCUGCGUGAGGCGCAAGGGCUGCAAGAAUCGACCUCUCCUGUCAGAUGAUAGUGAAGAAGUAGUGGCUGCAGGAAUACAUCCACACGGCUGCUUCCGCAAAGUCUUCAGUUUGGUCAACGACAACGUCUUUCACAUUGCCGCCACUGUGUUAGGAUUGGCCUUCACUCAGAUCGGAGGCAUUGCCUUGGCUUGUCUGCUGGCCAACAAACUGGCACCGAGACAACGUCGACGUGUGGUGGCACAUUAAUGGUUACACCAAGGAUUGACCAAUUUGUAGAUAAUUAGGAUUGGGAACGGACU